AGCGAGAUAACCGAUAUUGUAUCACAUACAAUUAGGCAAGAAAAUAAAAAUAGUUCCAUCCAACAGGUAGCGUACCUCUUUUGUGGUCCGAUUCAAGGAGAUGCGAUUGAAACAGGAAAGAAAACGAGACAUCUCUUGUGACACGUACGCCCCUAUACUAUUGUAAAAAGCUUUGAAAGCUGAAUUUGAACUUUUUUUUCAAGUCACUGGAUGUAAAGCAUUUUCUUAUUUUCAUUUUUUGUCACCUACAAAAAAUGCCCCAUACUUUCAUUAUACUCGAUGGACAUCCAAACGCCUUCAUUCCAACACUUAGAAUAGACAAUUCAGUACCACCUACACACCGACUUCCACCAUUACCAUUAUGGGCAUGUAUGGUCCAAGGAUCAAUUGAAUUUUGCAGAGUUGCUUGGGACAUUGAACAAUCAAAACAAAACCUUAUAAAUGUUAUAGUUGCUGGGAGCUCACCUGUGAUAUUAAACGAUUCGACACAACAAAAUAUUCAAACAUUGCAACAACAAUUUCCACCCGUGCAACCUCGACAUGCAUAUCCCCAAGACAGGCUACAACCUGCUAUAGAAAUUGCCUUAUCCAAAUAUCUGGAAAAGAUCGAAAUAGAUGUGUUACAACGGUGUCGCAUUGUUCUUGUUACUAUUGCUAAACAGCCUAAUGAAAAAUCAUUCGAUCAUGUUCAAGUGGAUGUUUUACGCUUAUUACCUUACUCAGCAUCCAAUGACCAUACCAUUCCACCCAAAAUUACCAAUAAACAAAUAUCAUCACAAAUUACAAUGUCCGUUUACAGCAUCCCUAAUGGACAGGAGGAUUUAAAGUUUGCAAUGCGCAAUCUAUCCCAACUGUAUUAUAACAUCAAUGUACUGCACAUUUCAAAUAUACCGAUGAAAUCCUCUGGGAAUGCACAGUCGUGUACAGUCACAUUAUACUAUCAGGCGAACGGGAAACAUUUGAUUAAUCAACAAGAGCCUUUGCGAAAUUCAUUUAUUCAUGAUCCAAAGUAUCUGAAAUAUAGAGAACUCAAGUUGAUCUAUUCGAAACGUAGUAAACGUGCACUUCCAGCAACCGAAGUUUAUUUGGGCAUGACAUUUAAAGGGAGCAUUUCUUAUCUUGUGACACCUGAAACACCAUCGUCUUACACACACAUUUUAAUGGCUCAAAAUGGUGGUAUUUUCUUACAUUGUCUUAAUAGCCAGCUUCAAGCGCAAUUUGCAGAAUCGGAGAAUGCAUCGAUAGGCCUUGUAGGUACUAGCAUUGUGUAUGAGCCUAAAACAAAGGAAAUGAUGGAUACGUUGAUAAGUCCUAUCUUGUUCGAAAACGUCAAUGAAUUCUUAAGUGCAACGGACCCGUUGUGUAAAACAGUAUCAUUAAACCCCUUUAGAUUCUCACAUCACCUGCCCAUCAUGACAUUGAAUGAAAAAGGUUUGUGUACAUCACGUUGGAUUGAAAAAGCAACUCGAUGGCGCACUUGUUUCCAUAGAAAUUCAGAGACAGUAGUUAAACAAGAGAUGGAGGAGGUCGGUGUUAAACACGAAGAAGAUACAGGUAUUGAUGCUGCUUGGGGUCAAGUCAACCGUUAUGAAAACAUGUCGUUGAGAGAAAAGGAGGAUGCUGCUCUAGGCUAUUUGCCGGAUUUCAAACAAGAAGAUCAUAAAGCUUUUUCAGGUCAACUACCACCCAAGGCAAAUUUUGCUGCUGCUAAUCCAAAUGCUACUAGAAUCAAUCCUAAUUUUAAAUCUCGCAGAGGAACGCUACCAUCAAAUCCCCUUCCCGUCAAUAACAAUCGACAAUAUAACCGGUUCAAUCAACCCCCACAGCAAGCUCAAAAAUACCCAGAUCCAUCACUGGCUGUACCAUAUCUGACCUAUGUUGCUCCUACGCUGGAAGAAAAGGCGCAAGAAGAAAAAGCCGAAGAGGAAGACUUAGGCGAACCUGGUAAUCUUCUAUGGCUUUAUUGGAUGAAUGAUAAAGUCAAGAAACGUGGAAAUGGAGAAGAAGGUGACUUGAGUAGUGGUACUGAGUUAGUUUAUAAAAAUGGGCAAUGGAAGCGUAUCAAAAAGGAAUUUUUAGGUCGCACGGCGCAAGCAGGAGAAAAGGGAGAG